AUGAACGGCGUCGUCCUCGGCGGCGGCACGGGCGACAGCGGCGUGUCCUCGUUCGGGUUCAAGCGUCCUCGCAAGCUCGGCGUCUCGACGCGGCGCCCCGAUCACGACGCGUCGCACGUCGGCGGCGCGAACGCGGUGGAGAUCGACGACCAGGACGGGAUCCUGUACACCGCGGGGCGCGACGGGACGAUACGCGGAUGGGACGUGGAACGCCAACCGUCGCUUCCGCCGCGAUGCGUCGCCGUUCUCGAGGGGCACGCCGGGUGGGUGAACGAUCUCAAGGCGCCGCGGCAGUCGCCCGGGACGCUGCUCUCCGCGUCGAGCGAUCGCACGGUCAAGGCGUGGCGGAUCGGCGGCGAUUCCGACGCGCACGGCGCGGAAGGCGAACCGUCGCAGCCGCGGUGCGUCGCGACGAUGGAGCGGCACGACGACUACGUCAUGGCGCUCGCGACGCCGUCGCGCGCCGGCGGUCGCGAGCACUUCGCGAGCGGCGGCCUCGGCGCCGAUAACGUCUACCUGUGGGACGCCAACGUCGCGACGAACCCGAUCGGCGUCUUGAAAGCGUGCGGCGGCGACGUCGCGUCGCCGAGCAUCGCGCGUCCGCUAGACGGGAGCAAGGCGAGCGUGUACGCCCUCGCGAUGGACGGCGUCGGCGCCGUCGUCGCCGCCGGGUCCACGGAUGCCAUCGUCAGGGUCUGGGACGCGCGCGACCCCUCCGGGUGCGCCAAACCCGCGUUCAAGCUGAAGGGCCACGCGGACAACGUGCGGUCGAUCGCGAUCGACCCGAGCGGUCGCAUGUGUCUCACCGCGAGCAGCGACCGCACGUUGCGCCUGUGGGAUCUCGGGCAGCGGCGGUGCGUGCAGAGUCUCCCGGGCGUGCACGCGUGCGCGGCGUGGGCGGCGAGACCGGCGGACGACAGCUGGCACCGCGCGUACUCGGGCGGCAGCGACGGACGGGUCUACGUCACCGACCUCGCGCACCGACGCAGCUCGCUGCUGUUCCAGGAGAAGCACGGCGUGUUGGAUCUGAGGGUGGACGCGAGGAGCGGGGGGAAGCACGUGUGGACGGCGACGAUGGGGACGGAAGUGAACAAGUACCGCGUCGACGUGACGAGCGGCGAGCACGACGCGUUCGGGGUCGCGGGGUCGAUCGGAUCGAACGGAUCGAUCGGCGGGCGGCGGCGGCAGUCCGGCGGGCUGAUUGAUCGCAUGUCCAUCGACGGGGGUUCCCAUUCCCAUUCCCACCAUCACCACGGAGAGAGCGGCGCGUCGAUGUCGAUGGGCGGCGGGUCCUCGCCGCACGGCGCCCUUUGGUUCUCCGCGGGGCGGUCCCCGCGAAAGAGCGGCGGCGCGAAUCCGUUCGCGUCGCCGUCGUCGUCGCCGUUCGCCGCUUCAAGCGCGGCGUCCGCACGCGCGGCGGCGUCGCACGCGCUUCCGUCCGUCACGAUCCGCGGCGCCGCGCCGAUCGUGCAGCACGCGCAGCUGAACGACCGCGUGCGCGUCCUCGCGAAGGACGCGAACGGCGAGGUCACGCUGUGGGACGUCACCAAGUGCGCGCUCGUUCGAACGUUCGCGCCCGGAAGCGUCUUCGAAGACGUGCUCGCCGCGAUCAACCCGAUCGUCGCGAUCCCGUCGUGGUUCACCGUGGACUCGCGAUCGGGCAGCCUCGCGAUCACGCUGUCUCCGAGCGGCGCGUUCGCCGCGGAGGCGUACGCGCAGGAGAUGGGCGUCCCCGGCGCGAUCGCGGAGACGAAGAUAAACGUCGGCGUGCAGACGAUUCACGCGUUGCUCCGCGACUGGGCGGCUCGACGCGCGGCGCGCGCCGAGGACGAAAACGAUACCCGCACCGCCUUCUACGGGUACUCCGCCGCGCACGCGAGCGACGACCACGACCCGUCCAAGCUGGAUCCGUGCGACGACGCGGGCGCGUUCGCGACGCCGGACCCGCCGCCCGUCUUGCUGUGCGAACACCACGGCGGCGCUUCGUGGGUGCGCGUGCCCGUCGAGGGUUUGCGCGGCGGCGACGACGAGGAAGCGUUGAUGCCGGAGUGGAUCGUCGACUGCGCGAGCGGUCGGCACCCGGUGCCGGAGUCCGCCAAGGCGUCGUUUUUCGUCAACCCGGACCCGGACGUUGAGACGCCGCUGCCGUGCAUACAGAACGCGAGGGUGACCGCGCCGAGGGUGCUGCAGUCGCGUAAGGUGUCCGCGUACGUCCUGCAGAAGCUCCGAGUGGAGGCGCCGGGGGGCGCGAGGCCCGAGGAUUGCCUCUCGCUGACGUGCAACGGCGCGGAGUGCGACCCGAACAUGUCGAUGGCGACGAUCGCGAAGUUCAUGUGGAAGCGCGGGGACGAGGUGCAGCUGUUGUAUUCGUGGAGGGAGGGCGUGCCGAUGCCCGACGGCUUGGGAGGCGACGGGCUCGCGUCGGGGUGACGACGACGCGGCGAUUGAUGUUAAUAACGUUGUAAACGCGCGAGCGAGCUCCGAUCAAAACC